AUGGGCUUUGCCGUCGCCCAUGGUGAUGGCGUCCGGCAACUUGGGAUGCGGGAGAGGAGCGGAGGGAAGGUGAUGGCUCGCCAUCGCCCAUGGAUGGCGACCGACGACUGGGGAUUAGGUAAAAGGGGUUUGCCUCCUGGUACCAUGGGGUGGCCAUUUUUUGGUGAGACCACUGAGUUCUUGAAGCAAGGGCCAGAAUUCAUGAAGAAUCAAAGAGCAAGGUAUGGAAAUGUUUUCAAGACCCAUAUAUUGGGCAGCCCUACAAUUAUCUCCAUGGAUCCAGAACUCAACAGAUACGUACUUCUGAAUGAAGCAAAGGGAUUAAUUCCUGGCUAUCCACAAUCCAUGUUGGAUAUAUUAGGGAAAUGCAACAUUGCUGCAGUAUAUGGCUCUGCUCAUAAGCACAUAAGGAGCAAUAUGCUGUCCCUUGUAGGAACUCCUUUGAUCAAAGACAGGUUUUUGCCAAGAAUCGAUAGAUAUGUGAGGCUUCAUCUCAGCAACUGGGACGGUUCGACUGUUGAUAUCCAAGAAAAGACCAUGAAUAUGACGUUCUUGAUAGCGUUCAAGCUGAUUGCAGAAGUUGAAUCGAGUUCGAUAUGUGAUGCUUUUAAAUUCGAGUUUGAUAAGUUGUUACUAGGAUCACUGUCUUUGCCAAUCAAAAUUCCAGGCACCAAAUAUUAUCAUGGACUUGAGGGAAGGAAAAAUGUGAUGAAGUUUUUGAAAGAAUUAGUCGAGAGGAGAAGAGAAUCUCUGGUGGCAUAUGACGACAAGCUUGAUAUUUUGUUAAGAGGAGCGGAUUCAGCGUACAUACUUAAUGACGAGGAAAUAUACGAUCAGAUAAUUACGAUUCUGUAUUCUGGAUAUGAAACUGUUUCUACUACUUCUAUGAUGGCUCUCAAGUAUCUCCAUGAUCGUCCUGAAGCUCUACAACAACUUCGGGAUGAGCAUUUUUCAAUCCGAAAGAGGAAAACAGCUGAUGAAUCAAUUGAUUGGGAUGAUUACAAGUGCAUGACAUUUACUAGAGCUGUCAUCUUUGAAACAUUGAGACUGGCUACUGUUGUUAACGGGGUACUCAGAAAGACAACGAGAACAAUAGAAUUAAACGGAUUUGUGAUUCCUAAAGGAUGGAGAAUUUAUGUGUACACUAGAGAGAUCAACUAUGAUCCCUUCCUAUAUCCAGAGCCCUAUAAGUUUAAUCCUUGGAGAUGGCUGGAUAAUAAGAGCUUAGAGGGGCAUAAAUAUUUCUUGAUAUUUGGAGGAGGAGGCCGGAUUUGCCCUGGAAAAGAAUUGGGAAUAGUCACAAUAUCUACUUUCCUUCACUACUUUGUGACCACGUACAGAUGGGAAGAAAUUGAAGGACAAAAGAUUGUACAAUUCCCAAGAGUUGAAGCGCCAAAGGGGUUACACAUAAGGGUGAACAAGUUCUAA